UUAUCAGCGAGCUGGUCUUUCGCAUGUUUGCGCCGAGUUUAGCUCUGCUCGGGGAGUAGUCGGCUAGCAGUUUGCCGGCGUGCUAGCGGACCGCUUAGCUUAGGUGAACCGCGCACCGCCCGCAGCUGGCUACUAGUUAGCGGGCUGCCGGAUCAUUGAAAUGCGGGCUGGCUCUCUGAUUCACGCCUUUCCCCCCAUUGAUAGCGGCAUUGAUGCAGUAAAUCACGGUUUGCCAGACUCGUACUUUCGCGUUGGAAAUGCCCGCAGCUCCGGUGGUGUUGGUGUGCUCUCAGCCCCCUUAUUAGGCAAUUUUUUUUUAAACUUUGUGACAAGAAAACUUUGUUAGUCCUCCGGUUAUCUGGCUGCCCUGUUCUCCGGUGCCAGCGCUUCUAGUGAAGACAAACAGGGAAGUGAAGGUGUGAAUGGACAUCAGUAUGUUGGAGUCCUACAGGGAUAUGUACUGCUCUGCAGGACACGAGCAGCUGGAGCCUAAGCAGUUACCCCAGAACAGGGCCAGGAACUACAUGGAACUGGAGAAAAGCCUGACUGAGGGGCAGUACGUCCUGUGCCGAUGGUCCGACGGCUUGUACUACCUGGGCAAGAUCGUGAGAGUAAGUGCUUCCAAACAGAGCUGCUUUGUCACCUUUGAAGACAACUCCAAAUUCUGGGUUCUGUGGAAGGACAUUCAGCAUGCUGGUGUUCCGGGGGAGGAACCCAAGUGUUAUGUGUGUUCUGGUAUGGUGCUGAUGUCCGACAACAAGAUCCUCAUCUGCGGCAAGUGUGGCAUAGGAUACCACCAGCAGUGCCAUCUGCCGCGGGUAGAGAGCCCACUGGAUUCGUCACCCUGGUUCUGCAGGAAAUGCAUCUUUGCCUUGGCCGUGCGGAAAGGGGGCGCUCUGAAAAAGGGUCCCAUAGCCAAAGCUCUCCAGGCGAUGAAGCAGGUGUUGACCUAUAACCCAGGCGAGCUGGAGUGGGACUCGCUGCACAGGACCAAUCACCAGCAGUGUUACUGCUACUGUGGGGGACCUGGGGAGUGGUACCUGAAGAUGCUGCAGUGCUUCCGGUGUCAGCAGUGGUUUCACGAGGCCUGCAUCCAGUGUCUGCAGGAGUCCAUGAUGUUCGGAGACAGGUUUUACUUGUUCAUCUGUGCAGUGUGCAAUAAAGGGGUGGAGUACAUCAAGCGCCUGGCCCUGAGAUGGGUGGACGUGGUGCACCUUGCCCUCUACAACCUGGGCGUCCAGAGUAAGAAGAAGUACUUUGAGCUGGAGGAGAUCCUCGGCUUCGUCUCCACCAACUGGGAGCAUUUCCAAUUGGGCAAGCUUUCCAAUACUCCAGUGACUGAGAGGACCCAGCACCUCCUUGAUGCUCUCAACAACUAUAAAAGCAAGUUUCUCUGCGGGAAGGAGAUCAAAAAAAGGAAAUGCAUCUUCCGUCUGCGGACGCGCGUUCCCCCCAACCCCCCCUCGAAGCUCUUCCCCGAGAGGGUGCCUGGCGGUGAGGCAUGGGAGGGGCACAAGAGCAGCCGCGGCAAGAACAGCACGGUGCCACGAGAGUUCUUGCCUCAGAAGAGGAGGAGGAAGAAGAAGAAGAAGAAGAGAUCCAAGUGGCUGCUGGAGGAUGCCAUCCCCAACAAUGAUCUGACGUCUUCCUGGAGCUCCAACCAUCACAUGGCCAGCAUCUUCGACUUCACGCUGGACGAGCUGCAGAGCCUAAAGAGCACUAGCUCUGGCCGGACCUUCAGUUUGGACCUGGACUCCACAGACGCAGCAAGCACUUCCGGGUCGGCCACCACAAGCGUGUCCUAUGAUUUCCGGAAGAACGUGGGCAGCAGGAAGAGGAAGCUACGUACCUCUAGCUAUGCCAUGCUCGCCAGCAGGAAGGCCGCGGCCGAGAGCGAGCUGGGCCAGGGGGCCUUGGAGUCCGAGGACACCCCCGAGGCACUCGACGGCGCCAUCGACAGCCACACCUUCGAGAGCAUCAGCGAAGAUGACUCGUCCCUGUCCCACCUCAAGUCCUCCAUUACCAGCUACUUUGGGGCAGCCGGGCGGCUCACCUGCGGCGAGAGGUACCAGGUGCUGGCUCGCCGAAUCACCGCCGAGGGAAAGGUGCAGUACCUCGUGGAGUGGGAGGGCACCACACCCUACUGACCCAGCUGGAGAAACAGCUGCCAGAGGGUGGCAUGCAGUUUAAAAAUCCCAAGGGCUCCGCUAAUAAAUUGACUUCCUUUUCUCCACCUUUUAUUUUUUUUUUUUUUGCUUUUUUCUUCCGUCUUUUAAAACUUCACCACUUCUGAGCCUUAGGUCUCUGGGCACGUUCUGUAAUGUAUUCACAGAAAGCAUCGCACAGCCCCUCCUCUUCAUAUCCUGUUAGAGGAACACGUCAGAGGUAUUGGCAAGGGUAUGUGAUACGCUGCUGCCCCCUAGUGGGCAGAAUGAGCACCAGCACCGUGCCGAUUUUUUUGCUAAUGGUUGAUCAUGUGACUGCUCUUUUGCUUAUCUUGAAAGCCAUUGAGAAAUGGUGUCAUGAAACAACAAUGCAAUUUGUAAGUGGUGGAUUUAAACUGAGCCUUUUGAAAUGAUGUCCCUAAAGAGUGGGACAAUCUCUACACAUUUUCCUCCCUGAAAAGACCCACACCAGAACAAGUCAUAUUGCUAUACCCCCCCAGAGAAUCACCAUGAUGGUAAUAUCAUUAAAACAGAAAACUAUUUGGAAAUUCAAAAGCAAGAACCAUCUGCGGUUCUUGAACUACUACAGGAAGAGAAAGCUGCCGUAUGAAGUGACAGAAUUGUCAGAAUUAUUGGGAUGCUGGAGUAACGUGUGCACUUUGGAUGGGGAACUUCAGCAGCUCUCUAGUACUCAGCCUGCAUGGGGCUUGUGGCACUGAUGCUUGGAUCAUGUGCUUCUACUCUGUGAUGACCCUCAGCUCCACUUCGGAGCGUGGGAUGCCGGAGUGAGAUGCCCCAUUUCGCUGUGGGUUUGUGCUCUCAUGCUACUUCCCGCACUGCAGCCUUGUUAUGUUUGAGGUAACCAUGGUGAACUCGUGUGUUUAUGAUGCUGCAUGUCUUUCUGGGUAUUUCAGCAGCUUUUCUUUUGGCAACAGGGGGCAUCGUUUGAUGCAGCACAAACGUAAGAACUUAGGACGUCCUGUUACUUGUGUUUAAUGGCGGCCUUUCACACGUCUUCCUCCAUGUUUGCUGUUACUCUAUCAGGGGCAGGCUAGUGUAUGGUAAUCCCCAGAUUUACGCUUCUCUCAGUUCCCUCGACUUCUCAUGAAUCUACCAGAACUUGAUGUUUAUUUCAGUUGCAGUUUGAUCUGGACCCUUUUCUGAAAGGAGCUUCUGUUCUAGCACCCUGAGUCUUUUGGGUGUAUGAAUUUUGAUGUGGCAAUUUCAGGAAGCGAUAAAAGCAGGAAGACCAAAGGAAUGUGGAUUUUGUGUGGAGAAGCCUUGGUUUAGUAUUUCCAUUGUUUAUUAUUUUUUUAUUUUAUUUUGGCUGGGCCACUUACACAUGAUGUCAUGUCCUUAAAGGACACAGUGACUUGUCUGAAAGACUAAUGUGGAGUCUUUUGCUGUUUAAAUAAAGAUCUCCUCACCAAAAUACAAGAGUAGUAGUUGACCUCAAGGUAGGACAAUACUUUGUUUGUGUAAUUUAGUGUCAUCUAUUAUAGAGUAUAAAUAACAAAAAUAACAAUAGCUUAUUUAGUGCUAUAUCUUAUUUGAAAUCCUUUGAAGGAUUGCUGUACCAGUCAGGAAAAUCUGUUAAUACUUUCCCCUGUUCAUUUAAUACUUUCCCCUGUUCAUUUCCAAAUUUCUACUUUCCCUUUUUUGUUUUUUGCAUCCUCUUUUCAAGGUUUUUUAUUUUUAUACAAAUACCCCUUUGUUUUUAUGGUUAAAUAUUUCACACUGGGCUAACAGGGAAAAAAAAAACGUUCUUCCCAUAGCCUUGUGAUGCACAUUUCUGCUCGUUCUAGACACCUUUCUGUGAAGGCACUGUACCUUCACACCCCACACCUGUUUCUUCCAGUAUCUGUGUGUCGUGACUUGCUAUUCUGAUUGGAUUGCAGUGUGUACAUGAAUUAAAAAAAAAGCUACACUAUGGCACAUCUCAUCAUUGCUAUGAGUCAAAUCGUUUGUUUGCUUUGUUGCACUAUUUAAGACACUUGGCUUCAUCUAUGCAAUCUGAUUUAAAGGUACUUGUAAGACCAAAGCAGUUUUUAAACACAUUUCAGAAAUUAUUACACACUGACAAAAAUCGUUGUUUACCCCCAUUGUUUAAUGUAUGCAGUUUGUCCCAUCUAUUACCUUUUAAGCACUUACUUUGCUGAAAAUUACAGUAUGACUGUAAAUUUAAAGUAAAACAAAAUCUAAAUAUUUAUGUCUAUUCUGAUCUAUUUUGAAAAGCUUUUUGUCUGUUAAUUUCAGUAUUUGAUUUUUUUUUAUCCAAAUAUUUUGUUUCCAUAUAAGCCCUGAUUAUUAUUUUAAAAGGCAUAAACAGCAUGUGGUUUAUGCUUGAUGUAUGUAGUAUUUAAAUUGAAGACAAUGAGAGGAUGUUAAACAGUAUAAACUGUCUAACAAUUUUUUUUUUUUUGUAACAAACAUGUAACAAACUAAGCUUAUAUAUAAAAACCUUGUGUUUCUUUCCAUUUCCUACUUUGCUUGUUAGAACAAGUUUGAACCAUAUCUCCUAUUACCCAUUUAAAGCAUUUUUAAAACCAGGCUGUAUAUUAUGGUGGUAAUUUGACUUUCAUUGUAAAGACUGUUGAAAGCACAGUAAACUCACCAUGUUAGCAUACACGUUUGCAGUUUUAAAUCUCAAUAUUGCAAAUAUUAUUUUCUUUCUCUUUAUGAAUACAUGUAAAUGAAAAUGUUUUUUUUUCACAACCACUCCAUUAGUAUUCAUAUUUUUACAUUAAAAUACUACAUGUCAGCAUGUUUUUGAAUGUUACUUCUGACCCAUUAUGUUUGAUAUGUCUUACAUGCAUAAAAUACAUUUGUGGACAAUUGUCUGUGGUGUCAAAGGUGAACCAAAAGAAAAUGUUGUGUGGCCUAAGAGCCAGCAGAGGGUGGCAAAGAGCACAUAGAGAGAGUGACGUCAAAUUGGGAAAUAAACUGAUUGUCAGAAGGUGCACUUGGGUGCGUUGAGAAAGUCUCAAUUUUUUCUGUCAAAAGCUUCCUGGUGAAAACUUACAAUGCCGAAUUAUCCCUUCUCCAAAUCGUGAUAUCCAAGGUUACACAAAAGUUACAGAAACCUAGCUACAGUUAAUAAGCUUUAAAUAUACAUUUUCAGCAACAUACACUAGGAUGCUACCACAUCAAUAUUGUUACGCCUUUCUCUUCUGUCUGAUUUGCCUAUAAGACUCACUGAACCAAUUCCACCUGUGUAUUACAUUAUCUUGUUGCAAGACGUAAAUUUGUGUUACACCUUGUGAUUUCGUACUGACCCUGAGCAGUUCUAACAAGUUAAAGAAUCCUGUAGUAUUAAUUGGAUGUUUGGGAAGGGCGAGCUGAUUUUUUUGUUAGAGAAAUCCAAUGUAUUUAUGUAAACAAAUCACCCAAGAAAAGCUCCUAACAAUAAUCAAGCUGAUGUUCAUCUUUUCUGAAUGCCACAUAAAAUGUAUCUGUGGUGUGCCUAAUGUUUUUGGUUUUUUUUCCUUACAGAAAGAAAGAAAUUACCAUAGAUGACACAUAGUUUUGAGUUGUAUUUGCAUAGUUCAGUUAGGCCGUUAAAUAAAAUACAGCAUUUGAAA